CGCAUGCGUAUCCCCGCCCUUUUGCUUUCCCCCCUCUCUCGCGUUUUCUCUCUGUCUCUCUCCCCAUCUAUUUUUCCCCUCCCCGCCCGCCGUCGCCUGCCCGUGGCCUAUAAAAAGAGCCGCCGGCGGGGUUUCCUUUCUCAGUCCGCAGUCGAGGCGGGUGGCUGCAGGUGGGAGGACAGCGAGGAAGAAAAGGAGGGCCGCUCGAUUGUGGUCUCUGGGCCUUGUGACGCCUCAAAGCCCUCCGUUGUUUCUUCCUCGGCGGCGCCAUGAGUUCAGGCACUCCGUACAUCGGGAGCAAAAUCAGCCUCAUCUCCAAGGCGCAGAUCCGCUAUGAGGGGAUUCUCUACACCAUCGACACCGACAACUCCACCGUCGCCCUCGCCAAGGUGCGCUCCUUUGGAACGGAAGAUCGACCCACAGACCGUCCUGCACCCCCGAGGGAAGAGGUUUAUGAGUAUAUCAUCUUCCGGGGGAGUGAUAUCAAAGACAUCACUGUAUGUGAGCCUCCAAAAGCGCAGCAUAAUCUACCCCAGGAUCCUGCUAUUGUUCAACACAGAGAUCCUAUUGGGCUUUUGAAGAAAGGGGUCAGGCAAAGCCUCAGCACAAGGCAGAGAAUGUACCUUGAUGGUGGAGCCAAGCCAAGAAUCUGUGGUCCCCAGUCGUCCCUGAGUUCUGCUUCAGCAUCCUCCUUUCAGUCACAUGUGCCUUACAGUCCCUUCAGAGGCAUGCCGCCCUACAGCCAGCUUGCUGCCGGUUCUUUAAUUGGGCAACAGUAUGCAGCUUCCCUUGGUUUAGAGAAACUGGUAAGCCCUCCAACAUCAGCAGCUGCUUCCAGUCCUAGCACUUCUUCAUCUCCUCAGCCAGUUUCAGAGCCUGACUUGUCAUCAGAGCCACACUUGCUGUCUUCUAAGGGUGCUGCUUUUCCAUCAGUUCAUUCAGUACGUAAAAGUCCCAUGGUGGAGCAAGCUGUCCAGACAGGACCGAUUGACAGCAAUCUUAAUCCCAAAAAGAUUCCACCAGUCAAAGCCACUCCAGUGAUCCAGCGCAACACACGUCAGAUUCAGCAGAAUAACAAGACAAGUGAUACAGUUGAGCCAACACCUGUACAAACACAAGGGCAGGUGAAUGAUGAGAAUAGAAGGCCCCAGAGGAGGAGAUCAGGGAAUAGGAGGACCAGGAAUCGUUCCAGAGGGCAAAAUCGACCUGCUACCUCCAAAGAGAAUACAAUAAAGUUUGAAGGUGACUUUGAUUUUGAAAGUGCAAAUGCGCAAUUCAAUAGAGAAGAGCUGGAUAAAGAAUUCAAGAAGAAACUUAACUUUAAAGAUGAAAAAGUUGAGACAGGUGAAGAAAAGGGGGAGCCUACAGUGACUGCUGAUAACUGCGAUGGCGCCACAGAUGAAGAUCUCCUUGGACCCAACUGCUAUUAUGACAAAACAAAGUCGUUCUUUGACAACAUCUCCUCAGAGCUUAAGUCCAGUUCAAGGCGUACAACAUGGGCUGAGGAACGGAAACUCAACACGGAGACUUUUGGUGUGUCGGGGCGCUUUCUUCGUGGCCGCAGUUUCCGCGGUGGGUUCCGUGGUGGAAGGGGGUCCGGAGCUGUCCGGCGGAGUCAGGCUCCUCCCAGAGUGGGCACCGGAAGAGUGUGAACCUCUAAGGUUCUCAAGCAUAUUUUGCUGCAAAGACAUGUGUAUAUAGGAAGGAGGGAACAAUCAGAACUGCUGCACUUAAAAACAUGGGUGAAUGGAGCAUUAUGUUCACAAGCUUAAACUCCCAGCACUGCUGCUUGUUUGUCAAAGCAGGAAUGGAACACAGGAGUUACUUGAAAAUGAGUAAGUCCACAAACCACCUCUUCAAGAAGACUUUCCUUUCUUUAUUUUUUGAGUAGUGCAAGGAAUUUGUGCUGCUUUUAGAUUUCCAAAGGCUGCAGUAACUGAAUACACAGAAUACCUGUUCUGUUCUUGAAGAGGACAAUGCAAUUUGAAAUUCUUCAAAAACAAACCAAAGUCAUCGAAACCAGCAACUUUUACUUAUUUGAGGAGCCACAGUUCUGCCAGUCUCCUGCUAUUCAGCCUUCUUCUCUUGCCUUUUCACACUCACCCCUUGGUUCACACAGAUUAUUUUGAUGUACAGAAACAAGUUCUAGUGCAAAACGUUGUGUAUUAUGUGGCGAUGGGGAUUGUUGCUGAUCAUGUGUUCGUAAUUCCGAGUUCCGGGCUUCAGAUGCACACAGCGUCUCCGGGGAGCUGUACAAUAAACCUGCUUGGAGUGCUGGUCACCCCUCCAAAAGAGAUACGAAGGAUUGGAUAUGGCUGAUAAUAAGCACCAUUCUCCAGCCUCCUUGAUGGUAGCCUUCCAUUUUCUGGCACUUCAGUGGCGUAUUCUGUGUUUGGAGAAGGCAUAAGCUCGUGUGAUGUUCUUUCAACAAUUCUUAACAGACUGAUAUCCUUCCCUCCAUUUUUCCUUUCUUUCUCUCUGUCUUUUAUUUAAAAGGGGAAAAUUUAAGUUUUUCAGUUUCAAGCCCCGUUGAGGAAAAGAGCAGUAUGUGCUUUUGUGCUUAGAAGCUGGGUAGGAUAUUUAAUCCUCUGGAUGGGGAAUGCGGGGAGCUAAAUGAAACAUGGGGAAAGCAUGGUCAGUUCCUUCCAGUCCCCUCUCCCCAAACUCUAUAAAUAGUUCUGGGUUGUUGUUUUUUUCUUGUUUUUAAAAAGACUUGGGGCAGGGUUUGAAAGUUGGGUGUGUGGGGAUUCUAAACUUUUGCAUGAAAGUGGGUUAAGCCUUUAGUAAUAGGCAUGUGUCUCUUUUGUAGCUACAGGAGCUGUUUCCCCCACCUCCUUCAUGACUAGCGUUUUCAGUUCCUCCCCCACUAGGUCAUGCAUCGAUUUAAGUUGCUGUAAAGGCUUUAGUUUUGUAGGCCUUCAUCAUAAAGUACACAUUGUGGUGAGGCUGCUUUAUGGAGUCAUGUAAAUCGUAACUAUAAAUAAACAUAUAAAAUGUU